AUGCCGGGCACCCCUCGUCCAGGUACGAAGCGUCACAACAGCCAGCUUCCCACAGGCACACGCAUGAAGAGCAGAGCAGGCUCCUUCAACCACGCCUUUAGUCAGCGCCUGGUCAAUGCCUUGGGCGAGCGCAGGGCGGGCCUGGACGACAGCAUGCAGUCUGCCAAAACCUCUCUCUGGCAAGACAACCGAGUCUGGUACGAUCAGUUCACAUCGACCGACUGGGUGCAUGACAACAUUGCCGAUGCAUAUCGAGUGAAAGCACUCAGAAGCCGCAAGGACAUCAGAGGCCGUUUGGCCGCCUGGUUCGACGGCGCCCAGGGCUGGAUCCUUGUGGCCAUAAUCGGCGUGCUCACUGCCGUUUGCGCGUAUUUCGUCAAUACCACGGAAAGCACCCUCUUCGAUUGGAAGCAGGGCUACUGCACGAACAAGUGGAGCAACGGUCGCAAGACGUGCUGCGACGGCGCUUCCACGUGCGAAAAUUGGCUUCACUGGUCCAAGGUCGUCCGCAGCGACAGGCUCGAUGUCGUGCACACGCAGUUCGGCUUCUACGUGCUCUCAGUCGUCCUGCUUUCCAUGGCAUCUUGCCUGCUGACGCUCACGACCAAGACGGUGAUCCCUUCAGCUAUCUCGCUCGCCACACUGGACGAGAACCUGGGGGCGGAAGUGCGUCGACACUCGGACACUGAGGAAGACGAAGUUCGCAAGCGUAGCAAAAGCCCUCAGACAAAGGUCAACGAAGCCCAGCUUCGUCCGCCUAUGGUCUACUACUCUGCUGCUGGCAGUGGAGUUGCCGAAGUCAAGGUCAUCCUCAGCGGUUUCGUGCUUCACGGUUAUCUUGGACUGCGUACGCUCAUCAUCAAGACUAUAGCUUUGGUCCUCAGUGUGGCAUCUGGCCUGAGUCUUGGUAAGGAGGGUCCUUAUGUGCACAUCGCAACAUGCAUCGGAAACAUUGCCUGUCGCAUCUUUUCAAAGUACAGCAACAACGACGGCAAGCGCAGAGAGAUUUUGAGUGCCAGUGCUGCAAGUGGUGUAGCGGUCGCCUUUGGUGCCCCGAUUGGCGGCGUCCUAUUUAGCCUGGAGGAAGUAAGCUACUACUUCCCCUCCAAGACACUGUUCAGGACGUUCUUCUGCUGCAUUGCUGCUGCACUGUCGCUGAAGUUCUUGGAUCCUUACGGCACCAAGAAGAUUGUGCUUUUCGAAGUUCGUUAUCAUCUUGACUGGAAGUUUUUCGAGCUUGCCACCUUUAUAUUCACCGGUGCUGUUGGUGGCGUUCUAGGUGCUCUGUUCAUCAAAGCUUCACGCAUCUGGGCCCGAACAUUCCGACGCAUUCCAAUCAUCAAGAAGCACCCUCUUCUCGAGGUAUUUCUCGUAGCACUUGUCACCGGUCUCAUCAGUUUCUGGAAUCGCUACACCAAGCUUCCAGUUACCGAGCUACUGUUUGAGCUGGCCAGCCCCUGCGACACCUACACCAACUCGGGCGAUGGCUUGUGUCCAACACGAGAACACAUACCGUCGGUGCUCUGGGUCCUGUUUCUCGCCUUUGUCAUCAAAGCCGGGCUCACUGUGAUCACUUUUGGAAUCAAAGUGCCUGCUGGUAUCUACGUGCCCUCCAUGGUUGUUGGCGGCCUGGCAGGGCGAUUCAUUGGUCACUCGGUCCAGCUCCUUGCCCUCAGGUUUUCCCACCUAGGUGUAUUUGGCGAAUGUGUACCAGAAGGUCCACCGGGGUCUUGCGUUGUUCCAGGCGUAUACGCCUUAGUCGCCGCUGGUGCAACGAUGACUGGUGUCACUCGAUUGACCAUUACCCUUGCUGUCAUCCUUUUCGAAUUAACUGGCAGUCUCGAUCACGUCUUGCCCUUCUCGCUUGGUAUCCUUGUCGCCAAAUGGACAGCUGAUGCCAUCGAACCACUCAGCAUCUACGACCUCCUCACCGACAUGAACUCGUAUCCUUUCCUCGACAACAAAGUUCGCCCAAUCUUCACAUCCGAGCUUGGCGACAUUACACCACGCAUACGACCGAACCGUAUUAUCGAUAUCUCAGAUGAUACCCUGAUUCCGGCAACUGAGUUGCGUGUCAUGCAGCAACUACUUCAAAUGGCUGGCGAGCUUGACGGUGGUGUGCCAAUUGUCAAACAUGGCGUGUUAGUUGGCUUGAUCCCAGCACCUGACCUUGAGUUUGCUCUCGACAAACUGGAUAACGAGGAAAACACGCUCUGUUUGAUGUCGCCACAGGUCGAUUGGGCAGCUGGACGGGAACCUCAAGCCUCCAGUGAUGACGGAGCGUACCCUCAACACGACCCUAGUGACUUCACACCAUACAUUGAUCCGGCGCCUGUGUCGCUCGAUGUGCACUCACCAAUGGAUUUGGUCUAUGAGUGCUUUGUCAAACUGGGAUUGAGAUACAUCUGUGUACUCAGAGAUGGCAAAUUUGCUGGCUUGGUACACAAAAAAUCUUUUGUCAAAUACAUGAAAGAGCUCGAGCUUAAGGAGAAGAAGAAACAUGGUAUCUAA